CCGCGAGGGCAACGCGAAGGGGGAGCGGGGCCGGGAGCCGUGUCGCGCCGGCUGAAGCGCCGCACCGGGGCGGGGAGCUGCGGCGGAACCCGUGCUGAGGCGGGCGGGGACGGGGGGGCGCCUUUGCGUGUGGCAGAACGCGGAAGCGGGUCGGCGCGGAGUGGCCGCGGCGCCCAGCUGAGUCUCCGGGGCCGGAGCUGGGGCGUCCGCGGCGCCGCCGCCAUCAUCAUGUCGUCCGACUUCGAGAGCUACGAGCAGGACUUCGCGGUGCUGACGGCUGAGGUGACGGGCCGGAUCGGGAAGGUGCCGAAGCUGGUAGGAGAUGAGAAGAAGCAGAUGGUUGCAAAUGUUGAGAAACAGCUAGAAGAAGCAAGGGAACUGCUUGAGCAGAUGGAGCUUGAAGUUCGAGAGAUACCACCUCAAAGCCGGGGAAUGUACAGCAGUCGUAUGAGAAGCUACAAACAAGAAAUGGGAAAACUUGAAGCUGAUUUUAAAAGGUCACGGAUCGCCUACAGUGAUGAGGUGCGGAAUGAGCUCCUAGGGGAUGACGGGAAUUCCUCAGAGAACCAGUUGAUAAAAUUACGUGAAGAGAGGGCACAUCUGCUCGAUAACACAGAGAGGCUGGAAAGGUCAUCUCGGAGACUAGAGGCUGGAUACCAAAUAGCAGUGGAAACCGAACAGAUUGGACAGGAGAUGCUGGAAAACCUCAGCCAUGACAGAGAGAAGAUCCAGCGUGCUCGGGAAAGGCUUAGAGAAACAGAUGCAAACCUGGGGAAGAGCUCCAGGAUCUUGACAGGAAUGUUGCGAAGGUAAGGCCAAGGAUCAUCCAAAACAGGAUCUUGAUCGUUGUCCUGGCAGUCAUCAUCAUCUUCACUAUCCUGAUGGCUAUUUAUUUUUCUGUCAGGGGACACUGAUAUCUUUGUUCUUCACUAAACAGCAACAAACCGCUUGUUCUGAGUAAUUAAGACAAAGUGGUCACAUGCAUCAUUCUCUUGCACUGACAGAGUCUCCCUCUCUUUUCCACUGUUCAACUCAGGUGCAAGUGGUGUAAAUUAUUUUGUAUUAUUGAUGGCAUAGUUGGCAUGUGGAGUUGAUUAUUUUUCUUACACUUUUUGUCUUUUAUCUCGGUGUUUUUGGAAUCUUAAUGUGUGUUUGGGGAAGGGCUUGUUCCCGUAUAAAAAGACAUAACUUAGCAGAGCUGAUGUGUCUGGAGCUCUACCCCAGACGAUUAGUAUGUAAGGUGCAAGAGUUUAGAGAAAGAAGAGGGGUUCUUUGCACUUUUCUUGUGCUAUGCAGGGUGGAUGAAUAUCAAGCAGUAGCUGACCUUCUGUGAUAGAGAAUAUAGGUAAAGCAGAGACCAAAUGAUGUAGAAAGUGAACCUGUCUCCUGUGACUAACUUCUAAUCAUGAAUCAUCGUAAUAGAUGUAACCUGGCUAAGAGCAGUAGUUAGUUUUAAAAAGAGAGGAAUCUUAAGAUGAUGUUUCCUAUCUGGUGUGAAUCCAGCGCUCUAUUUAACACUUUUUAUUUCAUUAAGUUUUCUUUUCUGCUCAUUCAAAACAAUUCCACUUUCCUCAAGAUCAUGAUAAUGAUACCUGCAUCACUUGCCCAAAAUAUAAUUGUGACCACAGCCCAUCUGUUGAUUCUGUUUCAAAUCUUCCAGUGUUGAUAUAUGUACUGAUAAAUGUAAACAGUAGGCCUUUAUUAAAGAUGUAUAAAGAUACUUAUCCAUUCAUUGCUGAUUGAAAAGAGAUCCUAAGUCACAGUUCAGUGAUGAAUACGUAUGAUUACAGUGCAUUAAGGAAAAAUUUAGAUUUUGACUAUUGGCCUGAAUAUGUCGAGAUCAUAUGUUGAAAAUAUUUUUAAUGAAUUAUAUUCAAAUGCGACAUUAACCUUUUUAAAGAGAGACUGUAAAAAUGUUAAUUUAUGCACACUUUUAACUGAUAUAAUGUAUCGAAUUUUCAUCUGCUAGAAUACUUGUGUGUAAAUGAGAUGUGUUUCUCUUUUCCUAUUGGCUGUGCCUCUCCUGUAGACAUGUCUAGGUCAUUUAGCUUAUAAUUAAGCUUAUAACUCCAGCAAAGGUCAUUUUCUGGUGAUCUGGUGAACUAAUUCCCAUGAUAACUUUUCAAUUCAUUAUGUAAUCCCUUACAAAUAUUACAAAUUGAGAGGGAUUUUAUGCCCUUCUCUGAAAUUGAGAGGGAUUUUAUGCCCUUCAACUGAAAUGUAAGCCAUAAAACCUUUUACGGAAGAUGUUCAAAGAAACAAAAAGCAGGUGGCUUCCAAACUCCUCCAAAAAUAGGUAGAAACUGAGUACCUACUUCUCCUGCAUGCCUUAGAGCUUCGGGGGUUUCAGCAUCCCUGCAGCCUCUGCUGGCUUGCUGGGCUAGCUCUGCAUACAGAGCUGGGAGUUGGCUUUGGCCCUAACUAUGCCCCUUGUCUUCUCUGCAUGGAAACAAAUAACCUGACUGAAAGGGUGUUGAUGCCACGGAAAAGACUUCUGAACAUGGCAAUAAAUUUAGGAUGAAAGGAUCUCUAAAGACAAGUGAUACUCAUUGAAACAAGCAGAGGCAAAUGUGGCCAGCUAUGGUGUUUGAGUUUCAUGCAACUCGUGGCUAGUUCAAAAGGGGUUUCUGUGCCAGGACCUUCUCAUGUCAAUGGCUGUAGGGCUGUGCAGGUGCAGAAGUUCCUGGGUAAUCCAAACCCAUGGUCCGGGGAGGUGCUGCUUUGUGCAUCGUUGCUGGGUCACGUUCAGAGGGCAGCUGCUCACCCCAGACAGCCCUGCAUGACCACGGGGAGCGGGACUGACCUCGCCACCUGCAAGUCUCUCCUCUGGCACCCUCUCCUUCCAUUUUUGCAAGGUAUGGGGUGUGUGUUGUGUGGCUCUGCAACACAGAACGCUUUGAGUGUUCAGCGUAUAGCGUGGAGGCUGGCUGACCUUUGGUUACAACAUGCAUUCAAAUGAAGCACUUAGAGUUGUGUAAACAGAACUGGCCAUUAGCUUCAAGUGAUGGCACAGGGCUGAGUUCAGGCAAAUUAGGAAGAAGCCUGCCAGUAUUAGAAGGUAUUUAUCCUGAGCAAAUUAGGAGAUGCAUAUUUUGUAAAGCAGAAAACUGACAAGAAACAAUUCUUAAGCUCCGGCUGUUGCCUAGACAUUCUCAGUGUUGCCUCAAUAAUUUAACUAUCAUGGGGAUUGAUUCAUGACUACUGAUCUUAACAGUGACCUCUGACUAGGUUUUGCCCUCUAUCUAGCCACCUGCUGGAAUCAGCAAAAAGCUGAAAGGAAGCUAGUUUUCCUUAUCCCAGUAUAAAUCUAGGGCAUAGUGUCACAUCAGAUACAUCCACUCCGAUGGGAAUGAGGGAGAGAGAGAGAGACUGCCACGCAAAGCCUUCAUCUUCACUUCUGAUGAGCCUGCCAUUGCCAUGUUUCUCAUGCUAACCUGCUAAUAACUUCUCCCUGCCUGCUUUGCAUGCUCAUGUACUCCCCACAUGUAAAAUCAUGCUCGAGUGUGAGUUACGGUCUUCGAAAUGUGAUGUUGCUGCUCUCUGUCCCUUUUUCCCUGGCUCGUGAAGUGUACGGGCAAGCCACGUCCAGUACACACAUUUCUGUGGGAAUUGAGCGACUUGGUUUUGAAGCGGAGUCUGAGCGAGGCAGCUCAACAGUGGGCUGCUGCUGUUGUACACGAGAAGCAAAAUACCCACAGGUAGGGCAGCACCCCCAGCGUUCAGCCAUCCCCUGGACUGGGUUAGUCUGUGUGUGUCUGUGAAUGAAUCCAAGUACUUGCAAAUGGAAACCUCAAAGAGUGAAAUGUUUCUAAUGUUGCCAGCCUUUGUUGAAAAAUGACAAAUUAAAAAAUGCACGCGUAGCACUGUGUGCAAAAUUCAUCCUUGCUAAACGGCUCCACUUACAGAAUAAAUAAACUAAUUCUAUGCUGAUACAAUAUCAAAAGCAUUUUAAUUAAAGACUCUUAAGUUUUAAAGGGUUUUAAAUGCUAUACGUUUUGGGGAAAUAUCAGAAAAUGUAGCUUGACUGACGUCAGUUCCCAUCUCUGGGAUGGGAGGCCAUUUGCUAUUCUGUUUAAGGCAGGCUGGAUUGUCUUAUUUUGGAGCCAGCUUGGUGGGGGGUUUUCUUUGCUGCUGCUUCAGAGCUCUGAGCUUCAAAGGCUGAAAUUAAUGGUGAACAAAAUUGUGCGGCUCUGACCAUCCCAUGCGGGGCAAACCCAUCGAGGGUUAUCAUUAAGUAAAGAAAUAAAGAAAAAAAAAAACCUGCCAGUUCCAAAAAAACCUCAUCAGAUAAUGACCUCUGUGAUUGGGUUUUCAUUACCAAACAGCAUCCAGAGAUUGUCUGCCCCAUAAAAAAAAAAGAAAGAAAGAAAGAAAGAAAAGAAAAAGAAAGAAAAAGCAACUGUGUCUCUCUCUCUUUCUCUCUCUCGCUCUCUCUCUCUCUUUUUUUUUUUUUUUUUUUUUGCACAUCUUUUCUUUAAACCUGUCAGAUCAUUUCAGUAUUUCAAAUCCGAGGAAAACAGCCUGCCUGCUGCUGUAUUUGAAGUUGUAAUGGUGUCAAAAAGUCACGACUGACUGACAGCCGUCAGUCCCAGAGGAGCUCAUUAAAUCAUAAAAACUUGACAAGGAAAUAAUUGAGCAUCACUGGCAACUUGGCGCCUGUUUAGACGUUUUUAUUUUCUUUCAUUAUUAGUCCCCACCAUUACGUUCAUUAACAAAUUGCAUUAAACAACUGUUAAGGGCUAA